UUAAGCCGUUGGUGGUAUUGCACAUGGAGGCCGCUCGAGAGCUGCAACUACAAACCAGAGUUGACGGCAGAAAAUGGGGACUUCCAAAGCUAAUACACUACAAAUGGUGGCUUCGUGUGAUUCUCUACAUACUCUUUCUUCUUGUUGGCCAAACAGCUGCUAUUCUACUAGGAAGGUUUUACUAUGACAAAGGUGGAAAUAGCAAAUGGAUGGCAACAUUUGUUCAAUCAGCUGGCUUCCCAAUUCUCCUUCCCCUUCUGUUUUUCUUCCCAUCUUCCACCAAAUCAAACAGCGAUCCGGUUGCUUCUUCCUUCACAACUAAGCCAAAACUCACCACCCUUCUGUUUCUCUACGCCGCAUUUGGCCUGCUAUUGAUAGGUGACAACAUGAUGUACUCAUACGGACUAUUAUACGUUCCUGUUUCUACUUAUUCUCUACUUUGUGCAACCCAAUUGGCCUUUAAUGCAUUCUUCUCCUACUUUCUCAAUUCACAAAAGUUUACUCCUUUCAUAAUCAACUCCUUAUUCCUUCUCACAAUUUCAUCCUCACUUCUUGCAGUCAAUGCAGACUCUGAUAACACUACUGGCAUUAGCAGAGGAAAGUAUGUAAUCGGGUUUUUAUUCACAGUAGGAGCAUCUGCGUUAUACUCAUUAUACCUUUCCUUGCUGCAGCUUUCUUUUGAGAAGGUUAUAAAAAGAGAGACAUUUUCUGUUGUUUUGGAUAUGCAAGUAUACCCAUCUUUUGUUGCAACGUGUGGCUGUGUAGUGGGAUUAUUUGCCAGUGGAGAAUGGAAAGGUUUGUCAAAAGAGAUGAAAGAAUUUGAAGAGGGCAAGGCAUCCUAUCUAAUGACUCUGAUUUGGACAGCAGUUACAUGGCAAAUUUCAUCCGUGGGUUUAUUGGGGUUGAUUUUUGAGGUAUCUUCUUUAUUUUCCAAUGUCAUUAGUACUUUGGCAUUGCCUAUUGGUCCCAUUUUUGCUGUGAUAUUUUUCCAUGAUAAGAUGCAAACGGUGAAGGUCUUUGCCAUGCUGUUAGCAAUCUGGGGCUUUGUUUCCUAUAUCUAUCAGCAUUAUUUAGAUGACUCUAAAUCUGAUGCAAACAAAACCAAAUCCAAUGAGGUUUCUGGGUCAGCUAGAGAGAUUUGUUGACAGUUCUUACAUGGAAAAUUUACAGUUUGGGAACACAAUUGAGAUGGUAACAUGAAUUUCUUGCGUUGAUGUCUGAAU